GUGACUCUGUAAUGUCGGCCAACAGGUGGCGCCACCACGGACCAAACCCAGAAAGUCCUGGAGAACAUGGUCACUGGAGAGACUGGUCAGUUUGUUGACCUGGAUGACUUUGUAGAGAUCACUAAGAGGUAUACCCAGGGCAUGGCCCCCAGCACCGGCUCUACCCAGAGCCAGGGCCCUGCACAAACCUCUGGAGAGAAGCAGAGUGGCCUGGUCCCCAAGAAGCCUCAGAAGGGAGUGUGGGGGAUGGGUCGGAGUGACAUGUUGAUGGACUCCAGACGACACUUCCUGGUGUUGCAGUACCCUAUAACUGCGGUCAUCGAGGUGAAGGAUCAGCUCAUUGAUUGGGCGUCUCGCGCCGGCGUCCAAUGGCUGAGCACGGUGAUCCCCACGCACCACGUCAACGCGCUCAUCUUCUUCUUCAUCAUCAGUAAUCUGACCGUUGACCUGUUUGCCUUCUUCAUCCCACUCCUCGUCUUCUACCUCUCCUUCAUCUCCAUGGUGAUCUGCACGCUACGCAUCUUCCAGAACAGCAAGGCGUGGGAGAACUUCAGUGCCCUAACAACCCUGCUGACCAGGUUUGAGCCUGGCCUGGACGUGGAGCAAGCAGAGUCUAACUUCGGCUGGAACAAUCUAGAACCCUACCUCUACUUCCUGAUAUCGGUGUUGUUCAUCGUCUUCUCCUUCCCCGUCGCUGAUAAAGGAUGGAUCCCCUGCUCGGAGCUGUCCACGGUAGCCAUCUUGUUCACGGUGGUCAGCUACAAGAGCCUGAGUCCCUCGGGCGCCACCUACGCCAAACGGGCGCUCAUCACUGAGGUGGCAACGUCUUUGUGUUCCCUGACCAGUCUCCUGCCCCAGAGUGCUGUUCUGCUGAGGAUGCUGAGCCACACCUUCACUACCCUGCCACUAGGGGACUCAGUGGUGAUGAAGAUCAGUCUGCCAUGCCUGCUAGACCUCUAUCUCUACUUCCUCUUCUUCAGUAUGGCUAGGCAGCGUGGUUUCCGUGGGACCUACUGUUUCCUGGUCCCCUACUUGGUCUGCUUCCUGUGGUGUGAGUUCUCUGUGGUGCUGCUCCAAAACUCUUCCCCCGUGGGGCUCAUCCGGACCUGCGUUGGCUACUUCCUGUUCCUGUUUGCCUUGCCUGUUCUGGCCGUGGGGCUGGCAGCCAUGGUCCUCAUCCAGCUGGUCAAAUGGUUCCUGGAGCUGGAGCUCACCAAGAUGAUUGUGACGCUGGCCGUGUGUGCGGUGCCACUAUAA